AUGGCCCUGAAGAAGAGGCUGUCGACAUUAGAGAGGGAACAGUUGUACAUGCUUGAAAUCCUCGUCGACGGUCUAAAUCUGUGUCCCGAGAAGACCGUCAACAAGGAUCGCGACUUGACGGUACGCGUAGGCUUCGUCGACCUCGAACCCGUCGACAUCGUAGCCGAGGACUCAACUAAGGCUACCGCCAGAGCAACUGGGAACAAAGAGAGCCGAGUUUCCGACGAGUUCAUCAGUUUCGAAGGCAAGACGUGCCUGCUCGUUCGGACACCGAGCGACUUAAUGCGAUCCGUAAAAUCGACUCCUCUGAGCAUCGAGGUGUACUGGAUUCCUUAUGGAGAGGACCGCGGCCCGCGACGUGUUCUUCUCUGCGCGGCAACCGCAUUUUUGCCGGGAUGCUUCUGCGAUCGCGUAGCCGCGGCCAAGGGCGAGAUAGACGGGCUGUCGAGGUCGUACACGCUGACCAAGAUUUACACCUUGAGCGACGAACACGGGAAUCCGUGCGGAUCGAUAUCGAUGUCCCUGCGGCUGUCGUGCUUCGGCAGCUCAAUUAUAAAUCACCUCGCGCUGCGCGAAAAGUCAUUCGUACUUCGAGGGUUUCCUCUCGGUUGGCAGUUUUCUUGCGCGCAGCCGUCGCCCGACCGAGACGUAAACGACGAGCGGUACGAGACGACGCGCGACGACACCGACGCGUCGUUGCUGUCCAAGAUUCUGGAUCCCGCACGCUCCAAGGUGCGCGACCGGUGCGCGUUGACGAGGCCGGAAUCGCCACCCCGAGUGUCGAUGGGCCAGCCGGGAUUCGAGAGAUUAACGAGCGCCGAGAAGCUCAACGACCGCAAGUUCCGUGGGUUCAUUUACGAGACCUAUCGUGACGAGCCGACCUGUUCGUGCCUGCCGACAGACCGAUCGGCGCAUCCGAUGAUGUGUCGCUCCGGGUGCCUACGUUCUUGCUGCAUGGCUUUGAGAAAGCCCGAGGCGCUCGGCAAUUUUCCGUCGCUCGCCACGCUCGCUCCCGACGAUUUAAGGCCAGAUGUGGAGCAAGACGUGACUUAUCACGACUCCAGGAGGCUGAGAGGUGGCGAGGACGCGGACAACAGUCACCUAAGUAACGAAGCGUCGUGGAACGAGGAGUGUACGUGGCAGGGGGAUGACGUUAAUUUCGAAACUCGCAUGAUGGGCGGCAGCGACUACGGUGCGUCAGCGUACGCGCUUUCCGAUGGGACAACCGUCCUGUACGAGAAGAAGAAGGAAAUCGGCGCCGGCUCGCCGUUCAGACCACGACCGAGAACGGCGGACGGAAUCAAGGCGGCAGGCUGCGUCUGUCCAGGAAGGGAUUCAGGAUUUAGGUGCACGAGGAAACCGUGCGUGGGCGCGGACUGCAUGAUCCGCGCCUUCAAAGAGGCCCAGGAAUUCGUCGAUUCCCUCGGCAAGGUGCCAGGUCUGGUGGGUCUCGGCUUGAUGGAUCCGUCCGAGAGUCCUUAUUUCGGCCGGGACGCGCAGAGGGAUUGCGCCGUUCAGGAGGCUGCACCGAGCGAGAGGAAACGGGGGUAUCUGGUGCCGUCAGCGGUGCCGAUUCAGUGCCCCGCGCCUUGCAACACGCAGAUCGGCAGAGUCGUCGCCAGCACCGUCUUCGCACCUCACGCCGCUCCGUUGACGCCAGCGGCUCCGGGACGCCCCGGUGUCGUGCGCGAGGCAAUACCGGUGAUGCCGUCGCUGCCGGAAAUGAUGUUCCCGGUCGCCGGCGGCAGGCCGAGGAAGAAGGAGGACAAGAAGGAAGAGAAGUUGGAAAAGCAGAAGGAGCUGGACGUCGCGAGCACCGCGCCGUCGGACGUCGACGUUGGUCCCUGCGGCGAGCCGAGGUGCAAGUCUCGCCGGAAGAAGCUCAAAGACGAGCGGACGGUGGCGCACGACGUCGUCGAGGAGAUGCCGGUGCAGCCGGCACCGAUCGUCGCCAAGGCCGCCGGCAAGUCCGUGGAGAGGGGACGAUUUCCGAGGGGCAGGGUGGGUCCGGGCGGCGAUCGCGACAGGGGCCACGUCAAGGUCAGCAAGCGAGUGAUGCGGUACGUUUAUUCCAUCGGCGACGUCUAUCCCGGGACCAAUUUCGGCCACAAGAACUGCAUCGACCCGCGAUUCAGGGUGCCGGCCAACAUGGGCUGGCUGUGGAACACGAGCGCGACGGUGGGCAAGCUGAAGCCGCGGCUCGGCUGGAAGCCGGGCGCGAUCGGGCGCUUCCUCAACGAGCUGCUGAAGGAGGCGAAGGGCGCCUCCAGGCUGGAGGACUACCGGGCGAGGUCGAUACCCUCGCGCACCAGCCUGCGACGCGGCAAGCAGUUCAAGAGCAUGAGCUACGUGUCCUCGCAGGCGAAGAAGGACGAGGAGGACGCGGAGCAGCCGCCGACCCUGCACAUUCACCGUAAGGACGGCACGUACUACGUGACGAUGCACCCGAUCAAGCGGGAGACCGAGACGGACGUGUCGCAGCUCGAGGAGCCGAUGAAGCCGCUGCAGUUCAAGAUCGCGCGGAACAAGGACGACGCCUCCGUCGCGUCGAGCUCGACGGCGUCGGACAUGGAGAUCGAGUUCUCGCCGCCGGCGGCGGUCAACAGGUACCGCAGGAGGCCCGACGUCAUUCACGUGGACACCCAGGUCAGGCAUCAGGAGAUUCUCGACGCGUUCAAGCCGCCGGCCGACGCACCGAGGAAGGAGAGGAAGGAGAGGAAGGAGAGGAAGGAGAGGGAGAGG